AUGCUUGUAAUGAAUUCAACGGAACCAAUUCUCGAAAGAGCUUUACUAAAUCCUCAACCAAACACCAAUGAAUAUUACGAUGCCAUCAAAAUUUUUGUUGCAAUCUGCGAAUUUCUUGAUCCUUAUGACUUGUUGAAAUUGGAGUGCGUUUGUAAAAAAUUCAGAGACUAUCUAAGAUCAAAGGAUAAUGAAGCUAUCGAAUUGUUAUGGAAGCACUCUAGAAACACUUACACGCCAUUCAAUGAUUACGAAGUAUUGACCGGAAUGUCUGAGAGAGAUUACACUAAAUUAUUAUGCAUUAAAAAUGGCUGCCAACGAUGUGAAAAAUUUAUCGAACAGAUACCUAAUGUGCGCAAGGAAACUUUAAAAGCAAUUCCUACAGUAUCUCAUAAAGAUCCUUUGGGAAAGGGCGAAAAGCAAUAUUGGAUAUCGACUUAUUUUAAGGUCGAUCAAAUAUUAUCAAAAUUAUCUGCUAGUGAAAAAAUAGAAUUUCUUAUGGACAAGGAGGACGAGUCUAAAUUUUUAAUUGAGGAAGAUAGAAAACAAACUGAUGAAUUGAUUUUACAAUUAGCCACUAGAUUAUCGGAAAAUUCUAAUCUCUAUACUUUUUUCGAUGAAUAUCAACAUUCUAGUUAUAUGGCUAAUGACGAGUCAGACUUAUUAAUGAUUGGUAUGAAUCUUCAAUAUACAUAA